GGUAGCUUUUCGGUGCGCGCCCCAGCGAAAGGAGGCAUUUCCGCGCUUGAGGAUGGCCGGCCGGCCGGCAGGGCGCACAGUCAUGGCGGCGGCCGAAGUAGGAUUAGAGGGCGGAGGAGCCCCUAGUGGUUUAAGGCCGGAGGCCGCGAUGCAGCGCGCUGAGCUUAUGCCGCUUCUGAAAACGGUUCUGCGGCCGGGAGAGUCCUGGUAUUUGAUUGACAGCCGGUGGUUCAAGCAGUGGAAGAAAUAUGUGGGCUUUGAAAGUUGGGAUUUGUACAACGUUGGAGAACCCAACCUCUUCCCAGGACCAAUUGACAACUCGGGACUUUUUACCGAUUCAGAAACUCAAACUUUGAAAGAGCAUCUCAUUGAUGAAUUGGAUUAUGUACUGGUUUCUACUGAAGCUUGGGAUAAACUAGCAAAUUGGUAUGGUUGUAUGGAGGGACAGAAGCCAAUUGUGAGAAAAGUUGUGGAGUAUGGAUUGUUUGUUAAACACUGUAAAGUAGAAGUUUAUCUUUUGGAGUUGAAGUUGUGUCAGAACAGUGAUCCUACAAACCUUGUGGACUCUUAUUUCAGCAAAGCAGAUACGAUUGCUACUAUUGAAAAGGAAAUGCGAAAGCAAUUUAAUAUUUCUGAUGGUAAAGAAGUCAGACUGUGGAACAAAUGUACAAAUAAUGCUUAUGAACAAUUAAGCAAACUCGAUAGCACCAUACAAGAUGCAGGGCUCUAUCAGGGACAGGUAGUGUUAAUAGAAGUGAAAAAUGAAGAUGGUUCAUGGCCUAGACAAUCUUCUCUGACAAAAACAUGUACUGCACCUAGCAGAAAUCUAGCUACCUCUUCAAAAGCACCAGCAAGCUCUUGCUCUUCAGUAGCUGCCUCUUCAGUCAUUACAAAUGGUGAUAGCAAUAACUCCUAUGGUUUGAACUGUUCCAGCCUUGGUAAAGGUGGCUCAAGCUUUUCUUACAGUUAUAACAGCAGGGAAAGUCUUCAGUCACAGCCUGGACUCUGUGGGCUCAGUAAUCUAGGAAAUACAUGUUUCAUGAACUCGGCUCUACAGUGUUUGAGUAACACACCACCCUUGACUGACUAUUUCUUGGAAGAUAAAUAUGAAGCUGAAAUAAACCAAGAUAAUCCUCUGGGAAUGAGGGGAGAAAUUGCAGAAGCAUAUGCAGAACUCAUCAAACAAAUGUGGUCUGGCCGGAAUUCUCAUGUAGCCCCUCGUAUGUUCAAAACUCAGGUUGGCCGUUUUGCUCCUCAGUUUUCAGGAUACCAACAACAAGAUUCUCAGGAGCUUCUGGCCUUUCUUUUGGAUGGCUUACAUGAGGAUUUAAACAGAGUAAAGAAGAAACCAUAUUUGGAGUUGAAAGAUGCUAAUGGGAGACCUGAUUCGGUGGUUGCAAAAGAAGCCUGGGAGAACCAUCGAUUGCGUAAUGACUCUAUAAUUGUAGAUAUUUUUCACGGACUCUUCAAAUCCACAUUGGUCUGCCCCAAAUGUUCUAAAAUUUCAGUAACUUUUGAUCCGUUUUGCUAUUUAACACUCCCUUUGCCCUUGAAGAAAGAUAGAUCCAUGGAGGUGUUCUUGGUGUUUGCAGAUCCACAGUGCAAACCUAUGCAAUUCCGAAUAGUAGUGCCCAUGAUGGGUGGUAUAUCCGAUCUGUGUGAUGCACUGUCCAAAAUUUCUGGAAUCCCUGCAGAAAAUAUGGUGGUGACUGAAGUCUAUAAUCACAGAUUCCAGAAGAUUUUCCAAAUGGAUGAAGGCUUAACUCAUAUUAUGCCAAAGGACAAUAUAUUUGUAUAUGAAGUUUGUAAACCAACUGAAGAUAGUGCUGAAUGUGUCACACUCUCAGUUUACUUCAGAGAAAAGAAAGCAAGACAAUCCAGUGUUACCCCAGGGACAGUUCUUUAUGGCCAACCGCUACUCAUAGCUGUACCCAAACACAAGCUCACAAUAGAGUAUUUGUACAAUGUUAUAUUGGAGCGAAUUGGACGCUAUGUAAAAAUUAAUUUAAAAGAAGACUAUUGUGACGUGUCUCUGGACAGUGAUACUUGCAAUGGCUUCACCAAUAUAUCUGAAGGUGAUGUUGAAGAGAUGGAGCAUCAGGAUAGCGAAGAAAACAAACAAAAAAGACCAGAUGCAGGUGCUUCUCAGUCUGAAGAGAGGGGUGAGCAGGUGGAAGGGAAGCAGCACCAGAAAAAACAGCUGUUCAGUUUCAGUUUUGUGAAUUCUUAUGGGACAUCAGAAGUAAACUGCCUUACCACAGAAGGGAAGAUCCUCAAACUGAGUUCCUAUGCAACUGUUGCUAUUGAUUGGGAUUCCGACACCCGGAAGCUGCUUUUUGAUGAACACGAAGCUCAGGCAUUUGAAAAACACAACAGUAUGUUUCAGUCACAAAAAAAGAAAACUUCUGUAGCCCUUACAGAAUGUAUACAACUUUUUACAACUAUGGAGACGCUUGGGGAACAUGAUCCCUGGUAUUGUCCUAAUUGCAAGAAACAUCAGCAAGCCACUAAGAAAUUUGAUCUUUGGUCAUUGCCACGCAUUUUGGUAGUGCAUUUAAAACGCUUUUCAUACAAUCGAUAUUGGAGAGAUAAACUUGACACGGUAGUUGACUUCCCUAUCAGGGAUUUGAACAUGUCUGAGUUUGUUUGUGAUCCAGCAGCAAGCCCAUAUGUAUAUGACUUAAUUGCAGUUUCCAAUCACUAUGGAGGCUUGGGUGUAGGGCACUAUACUGCAUAUGCUAAGAAUAAAAUCAAUGGAAAAUGGUACUACUUCGAUGAUAGCAAUGUAUCUCCAGCUUCUGAAGAACAAAUAGUGACAAAGGCAGCAUAUGUACUGUUUUACCAACGCAGAGAUGUGAAGCUCAAGGGGAGCCAUUCUUUUUGCCCAAGCAUGGAACCAGAAUCUGAAGAAUGUGAUGGCAUGGAUACUAACUGAAUUUCUGUGGUUAAUCUCCAAUAUGAAAAUAUAUUUGAGGACUUGUUUUGAACCCCUGCAGUGGCUACUUGACAACACAGGAGCCCUCAGCACUGAAAAAUAGAUAGAGGAAACAAUAAGAUGACAAACCUGGGCAUACUCUUUAACCUAAGAGUUUUUAAUCAAAUUCUAUCUUAACUGUUCAAUAAAAUGAUGCCGAAAUCUGA